AUGCAAGUCGAUAAGGAGCCCAUCCGUCCGCAAAAGAAACCCACCUCGAGCUCCGAGUCGCGCCUGAACAACCUUUUUAUCCUGCACGACCGCGACCCGGUCAUUUUGCUCGAGUACGAGAAGGAGAUCAUCGACCACCUGCGGCUCAUUGAGCAACAAACGAUGCCCUCAGGCGACUAUCUCACCAGACAGCCCCAGAUCACCGCCCUCAUGCGAUCCCAGCUGGUCGAGUGGAUCGUGGACGUACACACGUAUCUGCGGCUCCUCCCCGAGACGCUCUUCCUGACCAUCAACAUCAUGGAUCGAUACCUGUCCUCCAACUCGGUACACCUCCACAAGUUCCAGCUGGUCGCCGUGGUGUCGCUUCUGAUUGCGUCCAAGGUCGAGGAGAUCCGCGUGCCCAAGAUCCAAGAGCUCGUUUUCCUGACCGACAACACCUACGGCCGCGAGGAGAUCAUCAAGGCCGAGAGAUACAUCCUGAGCCGGCUCGGAUACGACGUUGGCCACCCGGGUCCGUUCACUUUCCUCCGCCGCAUUUCGGUGGCAGACGGGCUCGACACCAAGAUCCGGACCGUCGCAAAGUACCUCAUGGAGUGCAGUCUUACCAACGAGAAGUUUCUGGAGUGCCCGGCCUCGCUCCUGGCUGCCAGUGCCAUGUACGUGGCCAUGAAGGUGCUCAAGAACGGCGAAUGGAGCGACGCACACAUCCACUAUUCGGGCUACCAAGAGUCCGAGGUCGUCUACGGCGGCCGCCUGCUGCUCGACACGGCUUACAACCUCAGCACCAGCAGCCCCAUCUACCGGAAGUGGGCCGACGACUCCCUCAUGUGCGCCUCUACGUUCCUAACGGCCUACUUCAAGCACAUCCAGUUCACUCCGUUCUCAUCGGCGUGA